AUGCCCCCGAAAGCUGUGGACAAAGCCAAGCAAAAGGAACGAGAAAAGAUUGCGAUUGACAAGACAUUCGGAUUGAAAAACAAAAACAAGAGCAAGGUCGUCCAGAAGUACAUCAAAUCCAUCGCAAACAAUGCUUCAGGUGCUCCAAAGGGGGGUAAAGAGCAAGCAGAGCGAGAUGCCAAGGAUGCCAAGCAGAAAGAGAUGCAGAAAGCCGCGUUGAUGAAUUCCUUAUUUAACCUCUCCACCGACAAGAAGGGAAGAGCGUUCGACCCUGUGGCCAAAAAGAAGGCCAAAGCUGCGGAGGAAGAGGCCAUCGCGGCUGGAAAGAAGCUUUCGGAUGAGAUCAAGAAGGAAAUUAUCGAAGGCGUGGCCAACACAAUUCGCUUGACGAAUCCCAAGGGCAUCCGGAUGUCUGAGAUGGGCGGCCACGCCAUCAUCCAGGCGUUGAAGAAUAAGCAUCAAGACACCUUCAAGACCAUACAGCUCUUGCUCUUCAUUAAGGCACAUGACAAAGUCUUCUGGGUUGAUGAUCCCGAGAAUGGCAACCCCAUCAUCCGAUGUUUGGAGGAUGUUGAAGCUGAAGUGGCCCCUGAUGAGCGUCCGCUGGAGGAAAUUAUUGAAGAACGUCGGGCUGCAUUGCCUCCAGGGGGAACUCCAGUCACCCCGGAGACGUUCAAGGCCUGGAAAGAGAAAAGAGAGGCAGAAAGGCUCGCAAAGGUGGAAGCAGAGCGUCAGGAAAAUGCAAAGAAAGGCGGCGCCAAGGGCCUUGUUGGCAUGAGCGGCCGGGAUCUGUUCACGUACGAUGCAUCCCUCUUCAAAGACGAAGAGGGCGCCGUGUCCGCCGACGAGUACGAUGAGCGGGAGGAGGAUCCUGAGUAUGACGACGAUGACGACGGCAAGACGCAUGGUGUGGCCCAGGAUCUGCAGGACGGUGACGGUGAGGAUGACGAAGCCGAGCCGGAUACUGGCGCUAGAGGGAGCAGCGAAGAUGUUCAGGAGGUAGCGGGUGCCAUCAAUGAGAAGCUGUUCCUUGAGGAAGAGGAUCUGCCAGACUUGGACGAUUUAGAUGAGGCAGAUGAGGCAGAUGAGGCAGAUGAGGAGGCUGUGGAAGAAGGCAAAGGAUGA